AUGGAUUACAUAAAAAGGGCCAUAUACGGGCCGGACCCCAAAGAACAGAUGCGCAAGAUUAACCUGUUGUUGAGGAAGAACAAGAGGGAAUUGGAUAGACUGUUGAGCCAGCUCCAACCGUUGAAAAAGAAGACGGAGGGGCUAAUCAAGAAGUCAGCCAAAGCUGGGGACUAUAAGCUGGCAAAGAUAUACGCUAGAGAACUCAUCAAUAUCAACAACCAGCACAAGAAGCUUCACCUCCUGAAGACUAGGCUUGAGUCGAUCACCAUGUCGAUCAAUGAACAGUGGCAGAUGAGGAAGAUGACGCAGUCGAUUCAGCAGUCAACGGGGAUUAUGAAAGAUGUGAACGCAUUGACAAACCUUGGGGUGAUCUCGGGGACAAUGCAGGAGUUGUCGAAGGAGUUGAUGAAAGCUGGCAUCAUAAACGAGAUGAUGGACGACAUGGUCGACUUGGACGUGGACGAGGAGCUAGAAGACGAGAGCCAGGAGGAGGUAAACAAGAUCAUUCAAAAUCUUACAGAAGACAAGUUCUCCAAGAUUGAAUCCGAGGUGCCUACCACAAGCAUGCCUGAGGAGGAGAUCGCUGCACCAGAAGAGGAGCAAGAGGACUUUGAAGCCCUAGAUCAGAUGAGACAGCGCUUGAAGGAGCUACAGGGCUAG